AUGGCACCUCCAAGGUUUGCUUUGUAUCUGAUUUAUCUGUUCUUGGGAACAAUAGCUCAGAUGACUGAUGUGGAAUCGUCCAUCUAUGUGCGUCAAUACAGUGGUUUUUAUUCAGCUGAUGUUGGUGACAGCGUGACUUUGCAAUGUUUCUAUGAAGGCCUCGCAGUGAUGUUUAACUGGUAUAAGCAAACUUUGGGGCAGAAACCAAGACUCCUUUCUACUUUCUACAAACAUGACGAAAGUGGCACCUUUCACAACGAAUUUAAGAAUAAUACUCGUUACACACUAGACACAGGAAACGGCAAAAACCACUUGACAAUCAUUGAUUUACGCUUUUCAGACUCAGCCACUUACUACUGUACAGGUUACCAUUCAUAUGAUUUAGAAUUUGUAGAGGGCGUUAUUCUCAGUGUUAAUGGUUCGGGCUUGAAGGUCCCAGUUUUGGUCCAUCAGUCAACAUCUGAGCCCAUCCAGCCAGGAGGCUCUGUGACUCUGAACUGUACAGUUCAAACUGGGAGCUGUGAUGGAGAACACAGUGUUUACUGGUUCAAAAACUCUGAAGAAUCUGCUCCACAAAUGAUUUACUCCUCUGGAAACGACGUCUGCAAGAGGACUGGAUCUACCUGUGUGUACAACCUUCCCAUGAGGAACCUCAGCUGUGAUGAUGCUGGAACCUACUUCUGUGUUGUGACUUCAUGCGGACGAACGAUGUUUGGGAACGGGACCAGGAUUGAUAUUCACAAAACUGCAGUCACCAAACCCCCUGAACUGAGUCCAACCAUUAUUGCACUGAUGCUUUCAAACAUCAUUCUUGGCAUUGUGACACUCGUUCUCAUAUGGACAAUUUGCAAAAUUCAGAGGAAAGACUCCACAGAGGCAAUCAGUGAAUCUUCUGAAGGCAAUCAGACUGGUGCAGUUACCUAUGAAGCUGUGUGUUUGGCCCCCAGAAGCCUCCCCUCCAAACGAGUAACAGUGAAAUACAGUGAAGACUCUGUAGUUUAUUCUGACAUCAAAGACUGUCAACAGAACCGAGAGUUUCGUCUUUGGAAGGUUUCUGCGAGUGGAAACUUAAGUCCUAGCUGA